UGGCAGCGGCUCGGUCGGCGGCGCGGAGGCCGCGCGCGUUUCCGCUUCCGGGUGGGAGGUCAGCCGUUGCUAGCGUGGAGGCGUCGCUAGGGGAGGCCAGGCCGCCGGCGCCAACAUGGCGGGGAACCGCAUGCAGAAGAUCGGGAGCGUCUUCAGCCGGACCCGCAACCUGCUCCGCAUCGGGGUGAUCCAGAAACCGCUGUGGUUCGACGUCUACGCUGCCUUCCCCCCGCUGAGGGAGCCCGUCUACCGGCUGCCGCGGCCGCGCUACGGCAAGGUGAAGGAUGUCAUCCCUCCCAUCUUCUACCAGGAGGACCAAGUGCGAGCGAAGUUUUACAGAAUUUAUGGCAGCGGUCCAAGACCGUUUGAACUGUCGCAAUCAAACUACAAAUCUACUUGCCAGAGGUUUGUUGAGAAAUUCAAUGAACUGAAAGAAGAAGGAAAAAUUGAAGAGGAGAAAUUGUUUGAAGAAACAGGAAAAGCCCUUUUAGCCAGUGGGAUAAUUUUACAGAGAAGAGGAACAGAUAAAGUCGCACAACAGGAUCAUCAGGGUGUUGAAACUAGGGAUUCUGUAUCACACCUGCGGGUUCAAACUGUGUUGGAUGAGAUACAGGAAAAGAAGAAAGAUCAGGAGGAGCAGACGCCAGCGUUGGCAGAAACACAGAAGGAAAAUCCCUUGCCCUCCUAAGAGCCGUGCUGCUGUCCUGUAACGCUCAGCUGUGGGAUGUGCCCUGGCUGUGGCAGUCACCUGCUCAGGAGCCGGCGCUUCUGCCUCUGCAGUCUCACGGUUAUGAGACAUUUUCUUAGGGGGAAUAUGCCUCAGUUAUUUGGCUCUAGUGCCUUCUGUGAUUGCGUGUGGGCGCAUGUUCUCCUUCCAUCUCCCCAUUUGUUAAAUUGGAGAUAAUCCCCUUUUUUGAAGUUCAAGAAUGUUAUCUCAAAUCGUGAGUUGGAAAAUAUGAGUAUAGAAGUGGAAAAUUAAACAUUUUCUUGAAAAACUGGAA